AGGGCAAGCCAAGAAAAGGUGUGACAUAUCCAUCAACUCUUGAAUAUGCUUCUUCAAAAAGCACAGCUGUUAAAUCAGAGCUUAAAAAGCCAGAGCAAGACCUAAAAGCUACGAAGAAUGCAGAUACUGCUAAUGUGUCAGAAAAAGCGUCAGAACAAGGGGACAGGGUCCGCAAAGGGUAUCAGACAUCUCCAGUGCCGACACCAGCUACGCAAAUGGCCACCACAACCCCAACACCAACGACCACAACGACGGAUCCUUCCACCACAACACCAAAGCCAACCACAACACCUGCAACAACCAGAACCACAACAGUUGCAGCUGCAGCCAAGACUCGAGCCGGACUUCAUAGGGUCAGAGAUACAGGUUCUAGCAGUGUCCACCCAGCAUAUUCAUCUGUGGUAGCUGCAGCAUCAAGACAGGUUCAGGCUGCACAAGGAAGAGGACAGAAUACAGCAUUCGGGGGCACUUCCACCUCUGCAAGUAACAGGAAUAUUUUACGACCCAAUACAGGUAUUCAGCGCCAAGAGCCUGUUGCUGCCUUCCAGAGGGCCGCCAGCUCUCCAGCCCACCUUGGCUUCAGUUCAAAGGAAGAAUUGAAUCCGAAGCCACCGGACUCCAUCUCCCAGGGAAACCCAAAUUGCAAGGUUGAUUUGUCCUUCUUGAUGGACGGGAGCUGGAGCAUUGGUAAACGUCGUUUUCAGCUCCAGAAGCAGUUUCUCGGUAACGUGGCUCAAGCCCUUGGCAUCGGCAGCGCUGGUCCUCUGAUGGGCAUCGUUCAGUAUGGCGAUGACCCUUCCACAGAAUUUAACUUAAAAACUUAUGCCAACUCCAAGGACUUAAGAAACGCCAUUGAGAAAAUCCCACAGAAAGGUGGACUUUCCAACGCUGGGAAGGCACUUUCAUUUGUUAACAAAAACUUCUUUUUGGAUGCUAAUGGAAACCGAGGUGGAGCACCCAACGUGGUUGUAGUGAUAGUGGACGGGUGGCCGACGGACCGAGUGGAGGAGGCCUCCAGGCUGGCCAGAGAAUCAGGGAUCAACAUUUUCUUUGUCACUAUUGAAGCAGCUACUGAAAGUGAGAAGCAGAACGUUAUUGAACCAAACUUUGUGGACAAG